AGGCAGCGGAGACGGGACUAGCUCCGCCCACGCCGGCGUCCUCUGCGUCCGAAGCCCCGAAGCCCCGCCCCUCCCGAGGAAUAUCCCAAAAUCCAGCGCGGCACACCUCAGCCGCGCUAAGAUGGCGACUCCCAUGCAUCGACUCAUAGCCCGGAGACAAGCUGAAGCAAAUAAGCAACAUGUAAGAUGUCAGAAAUGCUUGGAAUUUGGACAUUGGACUUAUGAAUGCACAGGAAAAAGAAAAUACUUACAUAGGCCUUCAAGAACAGCAGAACUAAAGAAAGCUUUAAAAGAAAAAGAAAACAGAUUAUUAUUACAACAAAGCAUUGGAGAAGCUAAUGUAGAAAGAAAGACGAAGAAAAAAAGGUCUAAGAGUGUAACCAGCUCCAGUAGCAAUAGCAGUGACAGUUCAGCCAGUGAUUCAUCAUCAGAGAGUGAAGAAACAUCUACCUCAUCCUCCUCUGAGGACAGUGAUUCUGAUGAAAGCUCCUCCAGUUCAUCGUCUUCAGCCUCCUCCGCAAGCUCUUCCUCAUCCUCUGAUUCAGACUCAGAUUCCAGCUCUUCCAGUAGUAGUAGCACCAGCACAGAUAGCAGCUCCGAAGAUGAACCACCAAAAAAGAAACAAAAGAAAUAGAAUUGCUCUACCUAUAUUGGACUGAUGGACCAUAAACUAUAGUCUUGAUUCUCAAAAGGGAAUUUAGAAUGUUAAAGCCAAAUAGGUUAACUGGCCAAAAUUUUGAGAGCUCAGAAGUUUCUAAAUGUUUUACAUUGUAAGAGCAUAAAAAGCAUUAAUGAAAUAUAUAUAUAUAUACACACACACACACACUUUUUUAUUUUAAGGGUGAAUCUUGUUUUUCUUUUUUAUAAUUAAAGUAUAUCUCUAACACUUAAUCAGAAGCUGAAAUACAAUAAUUCUGUUUUUGUGGUAAAGCUUAUUUUUUGCCCUGGCCCAUGUGGCUCAGUUGGUUGAGUGUCAUCCCAUGCACCAAAAGAUUGCUGCUUUGAUUCGAUCAAGGCACAAAACCAGGCUGCAUGCUCAAUCCCUGAUGGAGGACAUGCAGAGGCAGCCUGUCAGUGAUUCACUCUCACAUCAAUGUUUCUCUCCCUCUGCCUUCCUCUUGAAAAAAUAAAAAUUAAAAAAAAAAAUCUUUAGAGUGAAACAAAACUAAAACUUAUCUUUUCUCCUUGUGAAAACAAUGCUAUACAUUUUUAUAUGUUAGUGUUAUGUAUGAGACAUAUUUUCAGGAUAAUGCAUCAGAAUAUCUGGCAGUGAAUUUCUGUGUAUUAUUACGUCAGAUUUAAUACAUUGUUAUAAGCUUAGGCAUCUUCCUAAUGUUGAUAAAUGUGCUCUAUUUUUAUGUUUAUGUUCAGAAAGUUAUUUUGUCUUCUGUCCUAAAUGAAAAGUUCAAGAAACCUAUUAAUAUAUUUCUACCUUUUUUGAUAGUACAAGUUUCAA